AUGAAGCGCCGGUUUGCAGAACAGAGCCUCCGCCGGCUCGAUUUCCCCGUCGGCGGCGACAAUAUCUGUUCGUUCACCGAACAGAUCGUGACUCCCCUACUCCCGACCAUCCGAGCAAAUUACGACGCCCACGUGGACAUCUCAGACCCAGAUCUGGCACACAUCGUGGCAAUUGAUUUCCUCUUCUUAGUCGAGUUGCUUCUGCAGUCAAAUGAUCGGACCCUGCUUAAUUGA